UUGUGCUGAUGUUUUUGCGUUGAGUUAAUCUUACCAUUAAAAGAGCUUGACAAUAUCUAUAUAUAUAUAAAAUUGUUUGCCUCAUUCCUAGGCUAUCCAGCUGGAAACUCGAACUCUGAGGGGCUGACACGUGUCCGACUUCUUCCAAACGCGCCGUAUCACUUAAGUUUUAAUACUUCGUGUUGGGCUUGAGUUUCCUUAUUGGUAUUGGGCUUCGGUUUUGUUGAGAGAAAGAGAUUGAACCCUAAUUCCUGUGUCCGAAGGUCAGGAAGGGAGAAGGAAAAAAUGGCACGUGUCCUCUCUGUAACCAUCUAAAACUCUUUUCUAUUCACUUCUUUCAACCAUAACUAUCUCUUUUCUUUCUCUGAAACCGUAGACGACCGAGCUUCCAUGCAUUCACGAUAAGCCAUCAACUCAAGCUUUAAAUCAGGUCUCAUAAACUCUUUUCUCCUCAUUUAUCAUCUGCAAAAAAAUUUAUAUACAGUGAGCCUUUGAUUUGCUUCAGAUCUGAGAAGGCUGUCGGCCCCAAUAUCAACUCCUAUACCGCUUAAGAAUCGUUUGAUUGGAAGAGGCAGUAUUUAAGGUCUGGUUAGAUCGAAGAUUGAUUUUUAGAUUUUGCUUUCAUCAUACUCUGAUUAUUUUAUGAAAUCUGAUGCAGGCUCUUCAAAAAGAAACAAACUUCAAUACUUCAAGCGAUUCACUUUUUGAGGUUUUGUUCUUAACCUUCUUCUCCGACAAUUUUCUGAAAAUCUGAUGUUAUAACUUAUAAUGCUUUUAGGGUAGAUGGGAAAUUAACGGCAAGUAAUUUGACUUAGAAUGUUGAACAAGUUCAAACAUUCCAAGGCAAAACAAACCACUUUGGCCUCUAAACUACCUUCUUCCCAACUUAAUUAUCCACAGCAACACAAUCGCAGGAAAAGUAAGCAUGAAAUAGAGAGAAAAUUAGACACAUUACAAUAAUCGAAUUUUUAUAGGUGAUCGAUUACUUAUUAACUGAGUUUUAACUGGGUUUGAUUGUUGUAGGACAUGUUCUUUCACAUGUUAAUUGUUUUCUGGAUUGGUAAGGUCAAAUAUGAUUUGGUUUCCUUAAGUUUCUGAUGGCAAAUCCAAGGAGGUUGUUGAUAGCAGCUUCCGAUAGACUGAUAUUCAUAUAUAAUUAUUGACAGAAGGUACUUGCAAAAAGAGUGGUGUUGGCAAGCCGAUGAAACUUUUGGAUUAAAUUAGUGCAUUGUUGAGGUAUCAAGAUUUUUUCAAGUUAAGUUUUGCCCACAACCUUUACAAUUUCCCAGAUUUGUUAUUGUUUUUCUUUAUUGUUGUCAAGCGUAUGUUGCUAUUCAAGAAAGAAAGAGUGUUAUGGAGUGUUCUUUCUCACCUAUGAUCUUAAAGUUGUAUCUAUCUCUCAAGUCUCAAACCAUCUGCGUCAUAUGGAGGUAAAAAUUGUUUUUUUUUUGGAGUGAUAUCUAAAUGUGUGUGUUUGCAGGAAGAGGAGACAAUUUCAUGGAAGAACGUCAAUGUUUUGUGCUCGGGCUGUGAUAUGUUUCUACUGUCUUGGUUACUUUAGAAGAUCGUCUGAGAAUCAUAGGAGGGCACUUGAAUCUCGCAGCUGAAGAAAAAGCUCCCAAGAGAAGUAAGCCACCCAGAACGACUCAUGUCUUAGACGUGUUAUCCAGCUGUAGGUGUUGACGAAAGUGUGGCAUGGUGUUACCAGUCCUUCCUUUGUUCAUGCAGAUGCAGGAGUGGUCUGAUCCACUAAUAAAAAUGGACGCGGUGGGCCACUAAUGGAUCUGGUCGAUGAUUUGAAUCCAGGAACAUAAUGUAUAGUUGUAAUUUUAAGAAUUAGAAAUGCAUAAUAUAAUUGUAUUUUUUUGUAUUAUAAUUGUAAGCCUUACUUCUAAAAAGAAUGACAAAUCCUUCCUAUUGAAAAUAGAAAUUACUUUCCAAUCAAAGUAAACUAAUCAUUUUGAAAUACUCAAUAAAAUUGAUAAUAUAUUAUGCCAAACCCUAGUCACUCUAUAUUUAAUAGGUAAUGUCUUUAUGAUUAACAAGUUUCGAAGAAAAGCGUUUAGUUUCAUUAAAUGCCAAACAUGGGCACAUGAUAUAUUUUGGGUGAAGUAUGGGAGAAACAAUUCCCAUCGUGCUGAUUUCACCUUCGACGAGUUGUUUUUAGUAUGGAAUGAGCCUUGGACUGUUAUUCAGGCCCGCAUAUAUAAGUACAACACUGAUGAUUAAUCAUUCUGUGUAGUGUAUUAUACAUUGCACUGCACUAAAAUAGUGAGAGUGGUAGUGGAUGAGAGAGACGCUCGAAUCUUGAAGGAUGGUCGGUCCAGUAACAAUUCGCAUCUUAUUCACUGCGUUAAUCCUCACCCUAUAUUUUUUGGCAAUGAUAAAACUAGAUAACAUAUGUUUUCGAUUUAUGUAUAGGAAUAUACUCUUUUAUUUAAAAAUCUAAUCACUAAAUCAAAAUUUAAAUUCGAAUAUAUAUAUAUAUAUAUAUAUAUAUAAUUUCUAACUAAUAUUAUUUUGAGAAUUUUCUCUUUUUGAAAAAAAAGUGUGUUUAUUGCUAUUAUAUGGUAUUUUUCUUUAUAGACUUGAUUUAUAACUAUUAAUAUAUAGUGAUUAAUAUAUAUAUAGUUAUAUUCAUAUUUGUGUAUUUAUAAGCUUUCAACAUCUGUUUCUUCAAGCAGAACGUAUAAAAGUGAUAAUAGUUUUGGGUGAAUCUCCUGUAAUAGAGAAUUUUGAACUAGUUGUUAAUUAAUAUUAUCUUGAUAAUCUGAUUCAAGUGGCUGUGAUCCACAUGAAUCGGCUUUCUCAUUACUUGCUUCUAAAUUCUCCCUUUUAGUUUAUUAAUUUCCUCCUUAGAUCCUGCAACUUUUCUAGGAUUUUGGCCUUCUACCGUCGUCGGAUUUCAUACAAACUUCACAAGUCUCCAUGUGCAUUUAAAGCUUGUGGUUUAAGUAUGUUGACAUUAUAUAAUCUCCCAAGGAUUAAAUUAAGCUAAUUCCACUAAUCCCUAGGUAAACGUCAAGAUAACAUAAAGAUGAAGUUAAAGUCCAUACCUCUGCAACCAGAUUUGAGUUUAUAAUCUUGUAAUGUUGUUCAAGAACCAGUUUUGGGGUUUGUGUUGAUAUUGUGUGUUGUACAGAGUUUGAAGGAUGGUGAAGGCGAAUGUAUUAUCGAAAAUUAGAGGUUUCAGUGGCGUCAACAGACCCAUCUAUGUCUUGGCUGGUUUGGCAUUUCUCAUCUCAGUAGCUACUCUGGCUAAGUUCAACUACAUCACACCGCUAAGGUUCUCUGGUCGGUUCUGUAAUAAUCAUGGAAGCUUUGACGGCGACAACUAUAUCCUCGGAAGCCAAAUGAGAAAGACGAUAGAAUCCGCCAUCUUCAAAAUCCACCAAGAAAUGGAUGAUCUCAAGGUCUUAGAAGCUAAUUCUUCUGCUCCACCAUCUGAUUCAUCAGCUUCAGGAUCCAUGUUUAGGCAUGUAGCUUUCCUUGCUGAUGUUCUUUCACUGAUUCAGUCAGUUCAUAUGGAGUUGCCUUCCUUCGAAGAAGUGGAUCAUCCGUUGAAGCAGAGGAACGGUGACCCUGGCGAGCAUUUCAUGAGGGAAGAGAUCAAGAAGUACAUAAAGAUCAAACCGAACCGGUUUGGAAAGCAGAACUUCAUGGGAGCUAAUGGAACGUUCACUUCGAUAGGGCACGCUUGCUUUGCCAUGAAGAAAGAUGUAGAAGAGUAUAUGGACUAUGACGUGGGGGAGAUCUGCAACGACGACUGGAGACUAGCUCAGAAGCUUAUGGUUCACGGUUGCGAUCCGUUGCCUAGAAGACGGUGUUUCUCCCGUGCACCGCAGCUAUAUUACAAACCGUUUCCGAUCAACGAGUCUUUGUGGAAGCUUCCGGAUAACCGGAACGUGAGAUGGGGACAGUAUAAAUGCAAGAACUUUACUUGUCUUGCAAGCAACACGACAGCAAGAAAAGGGUUCUUCAAAUGCACUGACUGCUUCAACCUCACGCAUCACGAGUUGCCGAGAUGGGUUAACCGAGGAGAACUCGAUCCAGAGACAAACCAAACAGCUGAUUUCUCGAUACAAGAAGUAAUUGAAAUCAAACCGGGAGAGAUUAGGAUCGGUUUGGACUUCAGCGUUGGCACGGGGACUUUCGCAGCGAGGAUGAGAGAAAGUAACGUCACCAUUGUAACAGCAACAAUCAACCUAGGAGCUCCAUUCAACGAGAUGAUCUCUCUGCGUGGUUUAGUCCCAUUGUACUUAACUGUGAACCAACGGUUACCUUUCUUCGACAGCACGCUUGAUAUGAUUCACACGACGAGGUUUCUUGAUGGAUGGAUCGAUCUGAUACUUCUGGACUUCGUGCUGUUUGAUUGGGACAGGGUUUUAAGACCAGGUGGGUUGUUGUGGAUAGAUAGUUUCUUUUGUCUGAAAGAGGAUUUGGGUGAUUACAUGGAGGCGUUUAAAGCUUUGAGGUAUAGGAGACAUAAGUGGGUUGUGGUGCCUAAGAGAGAUAAAGAUGAUAAAGAAGUUUUCUUCUCUGCUGUGUUAGAGAAACCUCCAAGACCCUUUAGAUGAUUCAAUCAUUGCCUAAUGCUUUGUGUUUACUAUUGUCUUUGUAACAGAAAAUGUGAAAAUAAGAUAUAGUUCACUACAAGAAAACGUUUCUACGACGAUUUACGAGGAAAUUAUUUCCUCGUAAAUUUACAUGGCGUUUACAACGAAAUUACGAGGAGUCCAAAAUUCGUCGUAAACUCGAUGUAACUUUACGACGAAACAGUUGCAUCGUAAAGUCAAUGUAAGUUUACGACGAAAGUACGUGGAAAGAUAAAUUCAUCGUAACCGUUACAUCGACAUUACAACGAAACAUGUUACCGUUAUAUUUAGGUGAAAACGUGUAUUCUAUGUGCUUUAACUUAACUAAUUUCGUUGUAAAGUGGUUGUAAGUUCAUGUAAAAUCGUUGUUAUAUCCAUGUAAAACAUUCCUUGUAAAAUCGUUUUUAUAUUUCACCUACCAAACUCGAAAAUUUCUCUAUAUAUAUGUCAUUUCCCACAACUCUCUUCCUCACAACACACAAACGAAAAAAAAAAGUUAGGAAAU